AUGCUUGACGAGAAUCUCCCCACCUUCUUCUUUAGAGUGUCGGCCGAUACCCCUCUCUCAACUCCCAUCUUCCUACGACAAGAUGGCUCUGACUUACAACCUGAAUACUUAUUCCGACGACCCGAUUCCAAUCUGCCAGCCUCGAAAAACUGCUAUGCAGUAGCUCUUUACGACUCUUAUAAUCCUGAAGUCCUGUAUGCAGAAGUAUUGGUCCAACCCGAAUGGACCCAGCCUACUCUCUCUCAAGCCGAAGUUCGUGCUCAAAAUGGCAUCCCUUCUCCACCAGUACCUAUUGUCCCAAAUAGUUUUACAAUACAAUUAUACAAUCCUGAUCAACAGGUAUUAGUGAAGCAGAUAUCGGGUUCAUGGAACAGUUCAGCGUAUUGGGAAUUUGAGAUGCCUCAAAUCAGUUUCCGGGCUCCUUCUGCCUCGGCGCUUGAUAGAAGUCAGAGUGAUCCCGCAGCGUCAGAUUUCACACCUAAGGUUGCGUUUAAGUGGAAGAAAGAUGGGAAAUUUUCCAAGGACUUGUCAUGUUUCCUGGCUGGACAAACUACCGAAGGUAGAAGAAGUAAGGAGCCAGAUAUACCAAUUGCCAUGUUCAAAGGGGGCAAAGAUCUCACCGUCUACCAACCCAAUAUGCAUCGAGUCGAUGUCGAAGAUUUCAAGGGUUUAGAAGUAGUACUUUUAUUAUCAGCUCCAGUAAUCAAGGAUAUAUUCUUUAAUGCCAGCCGCGAAAUGUUCAAUAUAAGUUCACCAAAUACCACUCCAGGCCCGUCCCGAAAACGCAAUAAUAGCGGCCCCGUCAUUCGCGAAAACGGUCGGCCAGCCAUCUCCCCCAUAAUGUCCGGAGGCAUCAUGCCCAGUCUCCCAUCCCGCCGCACCUCUCACCCCCUCCCAACUGGACCCUCUCCAGCCCCAACAGUAAACCCCCGCACCCAAUGGGAAAUUGAUGCCGAAACCGCGCGUCUAAAAGCCUUGGUGGAAGCCGAGGAAAGAGAACGCCAACGUCUUGAAUUAUUAGAGGAGACACAUAUCAAGAAAAUGCUCGAACAGGAAGAAAUGGACCACAGGAGAAGAAACGCGGAAAUCGCAAAGGAGACGGAACGGCUGAGGAAACAAUAUGGCGUGACGCCUGUUGAUGGGGGUUUGGCGGGUGGCCAAAGAGUACAAUUUGCACCGCAACAGGCGCCGCAGAGGCCCACGAUCCAGACUCCUUAUAAUAGUGCACCAGCGCCAGCUCGGAGACCGGUGAGUACGGGUCCGUUUAAUUAUUCGAUGACGAAUAUGACGAAUGGAUGGCUAGGGGGCUCUUCUUCUUCUUCGUCGCAGCCGAGACCAUCGCAACCGCAACAAAAUCAACAGGGUAAUAGUCCGUAUUUGCAAGCGCCGGGUAAUGGGACGGCGAGCUCGAGUGGGUUUUUUGGGGGGAAGAAAAUGCAGAAGAAGAAGAGUGUUUUCUUUUAG